CAAUUUUCGCAAAAAAAUUAAAAAAAAAAAAUUGCAAAAAAAAUUUCUCGGAAGAAUAUUUUAAAUGAAUAAAAUUUAAAAAAAAAACUUUAUAUCUCUUAUUAUACAUCGUACGAUCCUUUGAAUCCGAACAGAGAAUCGAGAUCUCGUUCGAAUCUUAAAUAAACGAGAGCGUCGCCACGAUUCACGAUUAACGAACAACCACGGCGCGGAACACGCCACAUGUUGCUUCUUCACAGAGUUCGAACUUUCGCCCAAGUUUUCCCAAAGUCGAAGCGACUUUUUCACGAAUCGUUCAACACGUUCUCAUCGUGUCGAAACUUUUAAUCGAACUCUGCCUGAAUCUCGGGAGGGGGGGCAAGAAUCGAGGCGGAAACUCCCCCCUCCUCUCCCUUUAUUCUUACUCGAGGAAUAAUCAAAACUCGUUCGAGGAUUCCCGCCAAGGAAAUCGUCCCUCCUGCUAAUUUCUUUCUUUCAUCGACGAAUCUCGUUCCAAAAGGAAGGAAAAAGUGAACCAAGUGCUGCUACGCCAAGUGCUCACCUCGAACAAGGAAAAAAAAAGAAGAAGAAGAAGAGAAACUAUGAAUUGAAAGUGGAUCGAUAAAAAAAAUUUUCAAGGCGAGAAGGCGAGUUCGUUGUGUUUUUUUUUUUUUUAAAAGAACUGUAGAGAUUGUUCAUUGUUAUACGAAGGAUAAAGGAAGAGAAACAGAGAGAGAGAGAGGCUCAAGAAAGAUUUUACGAACGUUCCUUGGAAGGAUCGGUCGGAGGGGUUUUCGAGAGGAAAUCGUGGAAGAAUCGCGCGAAGGAUGUCGGAUAACUCUCUACGCCGGAAGACGAGGUCUGCCUCGAUCUGCGCCCCUGGAUUCUCCAGCAUGGAGCAAAUGUUGGAGGCGAUGCCUCCCUCGGGCGCCAGGGAAAGGGAUAAAGUGGACAGGGAGAAAGACAGUGGAAGCGGUACUCCCGACGGAAGUACGCCGACCAGGAGGCGCAGACCGGCGACCAGGUCUCAAAGUGCUCGUGUUUCCGGCGCGAAUAAGAGCAUCCGUCGUCGAGCUGCCGCUCAAGCUGCACACCAUCACCAUCACCAUCACGAAGGAACGGUCAAGUCCGCUCAUUGUAGCAGCGAGCCCAGGUUGACCGACAAUGAUAUCAGUCCCGGCCUCAGGAGAAGGGGGAGUCGAAGAGGACAAAGUAUGCAUCACAGCCAUCACAGGAAGAGCAACGCGUUUCUGGACGUUCCUGACACCUCGUCUCAGAUGCCCUCGAGGGAAGAGGGGGAGGACGAGGACAGUUACAGGCUUAGAAGUUUCAGUCUCACCAGCAAAGGUAUCAUCAACAGGGGCGAUUCGUUCAGAAGAAGAAGAUCACGAUCGAACUCGCUCGCACCCACGGAUCCUGAAGGCGAGGAAAAGAAUUCGGUUCCUGCGAAAGAGAUCACCUCGUACACGGUCGCUAUACUCGGCGCUAGGGGUGUCGGAAAAACCGCCCUGAUCAGCCAAUUUAUGACCAGCGAAUGUAUAAACGCGUACGAUAGGCAAAGAGACGUACCCAGCGAGCAAUCCGUUUUCGUCAUGCUGAACGGCGAGGAGAGCGAGCUCAGAUUCCUCAACAUCUCGAAUCCGAAGACGGAAUUGGAGAAGAAUCUGGAUGCCUUUGUCAUUAUGUAUUCCGUGAUUGAUAAGGCAUCCUUUCAGAGAGCGGAAGAAUAUCUGGAACGUCUUCACGACCAGGAUUUCCAUCGAGGAAAAUCGACUAUAUUAGUCGGUAACAAAGUGGAUCUGGUUCGAUCGAGGGUAGUUUCUUCCCAAGAUGGCAAGUGCAUGGCGUGCACCUAUCGGGUGAAGUUCAUCGAGGUCUCGGUCGGGAUCAACCACAACGUGGACCAUCUGCUGGUCGGUAUCCUGAAUCAGAUCCGUCUGAAGAACAGCAGCAACGUGUCGGAGAACCGGGGUGGAAACGGAACCAGCGAGGGUAGCGGCCAUUGGUACAAGUCGAGGGGUGUGGUUCGAGCGAGCAUGAAGGCCAGACAGAUGUUGACGUGGCUGUUCGGCAAAGAGGACAGCAAGUUCAAGAACUGCGAGAAUCUUCAUGUCCUCUAAGGAUGGACCGAUCGAUCCAAUUCUUUCUUUUUCUCUCUCUCUCUCUCUCUCUUUUCUUUCUUUCUUUUUUUUAAUCUGUGGUCGUACCUGAGGACGUAGAUUGUAAGAGCCGGUCUACUUGGUACAAUAUACUUGACGAUAUGCUUAAUCCACGAUACUUCCAGAAAGAUGCAAACGAAAUCUUGUUUGAAUGCCAGGGAUUGAUAUGAUUGGAAUUUGAUCCAAUGGAAGAGGGAGGGCGAGAUUGAAUUUCGUUCAAGGGGGGUGGUAGGGUAGCAGUCUCGAUACGGAUGGCCAAUUUGAUUAUUAAAUAUUCAUGGAGCGGUUCCUUUUGUUUCGUGGAGGAGGACUAACGGAAAAACAAUUCUAUCGUGCUUCUUGUAUUUCUUUUAUUUCAUUUCGAUGGAGAAAUUUUUAGGGGGAAGUGGUUGAGGAGAAGGAUUUGAAAUUAGAUGGGGAUUUUUGAUACAAAAAUUGGAAUUAUUGGAAAGUAAUAUAAUAGUUUUCUUUUUUUUUUUUUUUUUUUUGGAAUUGUCUGGAUUUUUAUCCGAAUUGAAUUUUCAUUGAAAAUUUGGCUUAAGUAAUUGUAAUUGUAUGUAAGUAAUUGUAAAUAAUAAGAUUGUUACGUAAAUAUGAUAUAGAAUUUUUUUCAUAUUUUUUUAAGUUAAUUUUAUCUUCUUUUGUUAUUUUGAAUUCGACAAAUUGGCCAUUCAAUAAUCACGAGAAAAUCUGGAAAAUAUCGGAAUGCGAUCAAAGUGCCAAUUAGAUCAAACGAACGUUUGUUUCUCUUUCUCGACGAUUAAUUUUUAAUUAAUGUUAGCUUUUAAUAACUUCCAUCGAGGAUUCGCUCGAUAUCUAUCGUAAUAUCUGUAAGAAUAAGUUUGUUAAGUCGCCUGUGUUGGUAUUCGUUAUACGUAUACGCAAGAGAAAUAUUUACAUCUUUGGUAGUUCUUCGAGGCAAAAUUUAAUGUACACACGAUUUGAUUAAUCCUUUGAUAAUUCUUUUAUUUCUGGUCACUUCCUUCGUAAAAUAUUCAUUUAUCUUUCUGCGUUUAAUAAACGCAAAUUACGAAUUGAAAAUUGUGAAAAUAAAAAAGAAUAAUAUAAAUUGUUUAAUUAUUGCCCGGUCAUUUCUUUUGUAUUUGAUUCAAUGAAAGAUUAUAAUUUUAAAAAGAUCGAUAUACAAAUUUAAUUUUCGUUUUUAUAUUUUAUAUUAUAUAUACAAUUCUUCAAAUAGCUAUUCUGGAAGGUCAGAAGAAAUUUAAAAGAAGCGAGGAUUUAAUAAGAAAGAAAUAGUCAAAAGAUUAAUCAAAAGGAGGAAUUCUUCUAAGACUCGAGAAAAAGUCGAAAGAUUAAAAAAAAAUAUAUAUAUAUCUAUAAGGGAGAAGACAAGAAGGAGUUGAAAUCUAAUUGAUACGAAGGAAUUUAAAUUGGACCAUGGCAUGAAUUAGCGGCCAAUAAUGUUACUGUCGUUACUGUAUAAUAAGACCAAUCUAAUCUUCUUAAUCCGAAUUGUAUAUACUGAUAAGUUUAACGAUAACAGAUCUGUGUAUCUAUAUAAGAGGAAGAAAAAGAUGAGAAGAAGGAAUACAAAAAAAAAAAAUGGAAAAAGAGAUGGAGAAGUUAGAUACGUGUGUUAUAUUAUUAUAAAUAUAAAUAAAAAUGCACUCCCUUUUAGAAGACUCAGGACGCUUCUUCUUUAUAAUUUAUAAUUUUGAUAUUCGAUAUAAAUCAUAAAUUUUAAUAAAAGUAUCAAAAUAUUGAUUAUCGAAUAGAGAUUUUUACGUUACAAUGUGAAUAUGAAUUAUAAUUUUCUCUUAAAAAAAGUGUACUAACUGAUAAAAAAAAACGAUCGAUAUGACAUACAAUAAAUGUCCAAAGGCUUUUAAGCGGGGGUGUAUGUCUACACGCAUAUACAUAUAACUAUAUUCCUAAUGUACGAUCAAGCAUAAGUCUACGUUAAUUUUGUGUAGAUGUAUCGUUAAACGAUUGACGUGUUGCUGUAUUGCGUGUUUUCCUUAAAAAAGAACGGGUACUAUGAAGAAUAUUCCUUUUUUUGGGGGACAUUUUACUAAGAAAAAGAACAUAUGUACACAUACGCGCGCACAUAUAUAUACACGUAUAUUAUCCAUUAUCUAUUUUCUGCGAUCUCUACGCCUAUGUAUAUCCGAAUUACAUAUGUAUAAAUAUAUAUAUAUACAUAUAUAUAGGGUGUCAGGAAAAAAGAUGGUUCAAGAAUCUAUUCGUGUAAUUUUACUAAUCAACUCUUUUGAAAAAAAAGCAACAAAUUUUUGUUAUUAUUAUUAUUAAUUUUAUUUAUUGUACGCCAUCUUUUGUAAAUAGCUAUAUAUGAUAAAAUAAUAAAAUUCUUUUGUGUACAUAGUUCUCCAUAAUUUUUCAUUUUUUAUCCUUUGUUACGUAUUCUGUUUUUUUCUUUCUUUUUUUUUUAUUUUUUUUAAAUUAAAAGUGAAUAUAUCAGCAUUCUUGAACCAGAUUCUUUGAACACUUUAUAUAUCUAAAACAGUGUUGUAAUAAGUAUAGUUCGAGCGGGAUAUCCGUCUCAGGGGCCAAGCUGUAGAAUAAAAAAAAAAUAGAAACGAGGUGGUUCAUAUGUUUAAAUAAAAAUUGAAACAAUUUAUAAGCUAUUCUAAGAAAUGUGUAACAAUUUGGGAAACAAUCGAGAAUAAUAAAAAAUAUUAAUUCACAAAAAAAAAAAAAAAUAGUUAUAGGGAACAAUUUACAUUUUCUAAAAAUGAUUUAAAAUGUAAUUAAAUCGUGUUUUGAAACGAGAUAUUAAAAAUGGAUUUUACUACAUGUUAUAAUAUUAAAUGUGCAGGCUAUGCAAUUUUCAAGUAAUUAGUGAAGUUAAUGAGGUUUUGAGUUUGGUUAAUUUAGUAGAUGGAAAAUAUUAGCUUUGAAAAAGACAAACUUUCAAGUCGACGAAAAUUUGGAUGAAAUUCAAGAUAGGUAUUAAAUUUAAGAAGAACGAGUAAAAAUUCUUAUUUUAAUAGUUCAUAAUCUUCUUCCAUCUAAGUAAGAUAAUUUGAAAUGAAAAAUGAAUUUGAUGAUUAAUUUAUUAUCAUCUAAGUAAUUAAACUCGCGAAUGAAAGAUUGUGAAAAUCAAUAGCAAUAUAAUCAAUAAAUCCUGAAAGUAGAAUAAGAAUCAAAUUGCAUGUGAAAUUAAAUCAAAAUAAAAAUCAAAGGAAAUUAUGUGAUUUAAGAAAUGCAUCUUUACAGAUCGCGAGGCUAUCUUCUUACAGCACUGUAAAAAUAAAAAAAAAAAAAUUAAAAGCAAGAAUGACGAAAGAAAAAAGUGAAAAACUUGAAAUUAAAAACGAAAAAAGUUGUAAAUUUAAAUGAAAAUUAUUUCUUUGCUGAUAAACUUUGUUCGAAAAUAGCGAAUUAAUGACAUUGUUAUCGAUCGUUUAAUUUCCUCUAUCUUUUAUCAAUUGCGAAACGAACCAAGAUAUUAUCGUUUGCCAUCGGUUUGCGUCAUCGUUGUUAGUAUUCUUGAAUUAAUUUAAUUAAAAAAAAAAAAAAAAGGAACCAAAAGAUCGAAUUCUAUGGAAACGUGACUCAAACAAGGAUGAGAGAGAAAGAGAGAGAGAGAGAGAGAGGAAAAGAAAAGGGAAUUCUUAUCAAGUGCCUUUGUGUAUUUUUGUAAUUUAAGCUAAAAACUACUCGAUGUAAGUCUUAACCAAAAAAAAAAAAAAAAGUGUAACCAUGAAACGAUAUAUCGAUACUGCAAACGCAUGCUCUUAUUAGUUUUUGAUAAUUCGUUGUAAAUCAUACCAUGCUUAUAAACUUUAUACCUAUUCUUUUUU